AUGACGACCCUGGACUCUAACAAUAACACAGGUGGCGUCAUCACCUACAUUGGCUCCAGUGGCUCCUCCCCAAACCGCACCAGCCCUGAAUCCCUCUACAGUGACAGCUCGAAUGGCAGCUUCCAGUCCCUGACCCAGGGUUGCCCCACCUACUUCCCGCCAUCACCCACUGGCUCCCUCACCCAGGACCCAGCUCGCUCUUUUGGGAGCAUUCCGCCCAGCUUGGGUGAUGAUGGUUCUCCUUCUUCUUCUUCAUCUUCCUCGUCGUCAUCGUCGUCCUCUUCCUUCUAUAAUGGGAGCCCCCCAGGGGGUCUACAGGUGGCCCUGGAAGACAGUAACCGAGUGUCUCCCAGCAAAAGCACCAGCAACAUCACCAAGCUGAAUGGCAUGGUGCUGCUGUGUAAGGUGUGUGGGGACGUGGCCUCGGGCUUCCACUACGGCGUGCACGCCUGCGAGGGUUGCAAGGGCUUUUUCCGUCGGAGCAUCCAGCAGAACAUCCAGUACAAAAGGUGUCUGAAAAAUGAGAACUGCUCCAUCGUCCGCAUCAAUCGUAACCGCUGCCAGCAAUGCCGCUUCAAGAAGUGUCUCUCCGUGGGCAUGUCUCGAGACGCUGUGCGUUUUGGGCGCAUCCCCAAACGAGAGAAGCAGCGGAUGCUGGCCGAGAUGCAGAGCGCCAUGAACCUGGCCAACAACCAGCUGAGCAGCCAGUGCCCGCUGGAGAACCCACCCACCCAGCACCCCACCCCGGGCCCCGUGGGCCCCUCACCCCCUCCAGCCCCUGCCCCCUCACCCCUGGUGGGCUUCUCCCAGUUCCCCCAGCAGCUGACACCCCCUCGAUCCCCAAGUCCUGAGCCCACAGUGGAGGAUGUGAUAUCCCAGGUAGCCCGGGCCCACCGCGAGAUCUUCACCUACGCCCAUGACAAGCUGGGCACCUCACCUGGCAACUUCAAUGCCAACCAUGCCUCGGGCAACCGUCCAGCCACCACCCCACAUCGCUGGGAAAGUCAGGGCUGCCCGCCUGCCCCCAAUGACAACAACAUCAUGGCCGCCCAGCGUCACAACGAGGCCCUGAACAGUUUACGCCAGGCUUCCUCCUCCUACCCUCCCCCCUGGCCCCCCAGCACUGCCCACCACAGCUGCCACCAGCCCAACAGCAAUGGGCACCGCCUGUGCCCCACCCACAUGUACCCAGCCCCAGAAGGUGAAGCCCCUGUCAACAGUCCACGGCAGGGCAACUCCAAGAACAUUCUGCUGGCAUGUCCCAUGAACAUGUACCCUCAUGGACGCAGCGGGCGAACUGUGCAGGAGAUCUGGGAGGACUUCUCCAUGAGCUUCACGCCCGCAGUGCGGGAGGUGGUAGAGUUUGCCAAGCACAUCCCCGGCUUCCGUGAUCUUUCUCAGCAUGACCAGGUCACCCUGCUUAAGGCUGGUACCUUUGAGGUGCUGAUGGUGCGCUUUGCGUCGCUGUUCAACGUGAAGGACCAGACAGUGAUGUUCCUGAGCCGCACCACCUACAGCCUGCAGGAGCUCGGCGCCAUGGGCAUGGGGGACCUGCUCAACGCCAUGUUCGAUUUCAGCGAGAAGCUCAACUCCCUGGCGCUUACCGAGGAGGAGCUGGGCCUCUUCACCGCGGUGGUGCUCGUCUCUGCAGACCGCUCGGGAAUGGAGAAUUCCGCUUCGGUGGAGCAGCUCCAGGAGACGCUGCUGCGGGCUCUUCGGGCUCUGGUGCUGAAGAACCGGCCCUCGGAGACUUCCCGCUUCACCAAGCUGCUGCUCAAGCUGCCGGACCUGCGGACCCUGAACAACAUGCACUCCGAGAAGCUGCUGUCCUUCCGGGUGGACGCCCAGUGA